CACAGCGAACAUAAAUCAUCACGAGUCAGGAUUUUGUAUACUCUUACUGCGUAUGCAAUAUUUUUAAAUUAAAAAAAUUAUUUGUUGCUUCUAUUUUUCAACGUACGGAUUCGAAAUUACACGGAUAAGCUGUUCGAUCCAUUAACAUUUUAAUAUGACGAACAUUUCGAGAAGGAGGAAAGUCCCAGCAAAACUUAAGAGCAUGGGUAAUCACGACGAAUUUUUAAACCGUAUAACAAAAUCACUUUAUUAUUCAAAAUUACCGAUGACCGAUUGUCUUAGUUUGCCUGUUACUGAAUUGGCAGCAGACCUCUUCACCGAAGUAAAGAGCGGCCACACGCUAGAACGGCUAGAUGUGGAGGAAGCAAGUAGAAUUUCUAGAAAUGCGUGUGUUUCGCCAUGCUCUCUUGUCUUGGCUUUACUAUACUUGGAAAGACUGAAAGAUUGUAAUCCAGAAUAUCUACAGAGAGUCGCACCUUCUGAACUAUUUCUUGUUUCUUUGAUGGUGGCAAGUAAAUUUUUGAACGACGAAGGAGAAAAAGAUGAGGUUUUCAAUACCGAAUGGGCACAGUCUGCCGAUUUAAGUAUAUCGCAUAUGAAUCAAUUAGAGAAAGAAUUUCUCAAUGCUAUUGAUUGGACUGUUUUUGUUCACAAUCAAGAUUUUUGGGAGAGAUUACAAAGACUAGAAAAAGAUAUAGCUUAUAAAGAAGCACAAAAAAGGGGCUGGUUUUCAUACACGGAAUUAAGUUGUCUAAUGAAUUCUGUACAAUUGAUAACGGUGGCGCAUUCUGUAAUAAACGUAUCGUCUAUUUGUUUGGCAACAUAUACAGCAGGAAUAGUCACUCUCUUGGGUUCUGCUUUAGUCGCUAGCUAUUUCCCAGGAACGGUACUUAGCCCGCGACAAAUAACAAAUUCUUCAGAUAUUACUAAAAUAGAUUUGAAUCCACUGGUGGAUGUCCCCUCAACGGCCAUCGAAAGUGUAUCUGAAAAUGUUUUAACAACAGACUUUAUGCCUAUUUCACCGAGUUGUAAUGAAACUCAACAGGAUAGUGAAAAUAUCGAACCGAAAAAGAUCGUAAAUGAGUGCUGGAAAUGGUGGUUGAAUUCAGUUAUGCUUUGGUUACCAGAAUACUCAAGUUUAGAAUCAAAGGAAACGUUGCAUGUAUUAAACGAUGAAACUGAACAUACGGACGCAUUAAUAACAGCUAGUAAAUUUGUACUCGAUGCUACAACCUUAAUACAAGAUACGGAUGAAUUUAUAAUGGAUAUGAAUUGGAAGCAAAUCCUGGGUAUAGAUUUAAACCUUCGUUUACGCGAUUGGAGGUAUUACAGUAUGCGGCAAAAAGAUAGUACACCCCUUAAUAUCAGUAAAUAAUAUAUACAUCAUUGAAAAAUAUUAUUUUUUGGUAUAGUGUGCUAGUUGUAAAUAUUGGCUGAAAUUAUUUUUAUUCGUAUUGUAAACAGUAAAUUUCAUGGUAAGCUCAAUACAUUAACAGAAGUGAUCACCGCUCUUCUCGUCCUUUUACAAAAAUAAUUCGUUAUGCCUAUUACAUACUACAAACAUACAAAACAAAGUAAUAUAUUGUUUUCAAAUAAAGAAACAGUAUAUUUUCAAGAUGUGCUAUCUUCUUUUUACGUACUGUGUGCAUACCAUGUUACAAAAAUAACUCUUUAUCAUCAACAUUGAAGAUUAAACAUCUACUUCUUUCCAAAUUAAUAAAACAUAGCGUCUUUAUUAAGAUUUACAAGAAAAGAAGUAUAUAUAUUUUUUGUACUAACUUGUAAACUCGCAAGUAA